AUGCGGUGCCUCGCCUCGAUCUUGACGGCAGGCCUCGCUGCGUCUGGCGUCGUCGCCAGCAGCUGGUUCCCGGGCUCCAAGGCCGUCUACAACAAGUGGCAUGAGACUGAGCUUGAGCGAUGGCUGGCCGAUCAUGACGUUCCCUACCCGACACCAGCUGACCGCAGGGACUUGGAGUCGCUUGUCGAGAAGAACUGGAACGAUUAUGUUGUUGAGCCCUACAACAAGUGGGACACUGCCCAGCUCAGCUCCUACCUCAAGGCCAAGGGCAAGGACGCCCGGUCCGACGCCGACGAGGCAAAGGACAGUCUAAUCUCUCAGGUCAAGGCCAAUUGGUACGAGACCGAGGACGCCGCCCAGAAUGGCUGGGCCAGUGUCAAGGACUGGAUCCUUGACACCUGGACUGAAAGCCAACUCAAGUCAUUCUGCGACAAGCACGGCAUUCCGGUUCCCCAGCCCCGACAUCGUGAUACUAUUCUCCAAAAGGCACGUUCCGCCUACGAGACGGUGGCGAAGAAGGCUGGCGAGACCGCAGCCUAUCCUGGCGACUGGCUCUACGCUACCUGGUCCGAAUCUGACCUCAAGUCUUGGCUGGACACGCAUGGUUUCCCAGCCCCUCAGCCGUCGACUCGCGACAAGCUCAUUGCAUCGGUUCGCCGCAACUCAAGACUGGCGUAUCUGAACGCCCAGAGACAGGCUGCCAGCGCCACCGCCAGCGCCCAGGCGGCCUACGCUACGCUUACCGACAUGAUUAUUGAUGCUUGGAGCGAGUCCCAACUCAAGGAAUUCGCCGACAAGAACGGCAUCCCGGUUCCCCAGGGCACCCGGAUCAACGAGCUCCGCGCCCUCCUCCGCAAGCACCGUGCCGAGUUUCUCGGAGACACCGUCAACGCCAGCGCCAAGUCCGCCUUUGGUGCCGCCACGUCCAACGCGCGCAACGAGUACGCCAGGGCCACGGAUAGCGCCUCUCUGGCGGCGCAGGAUGCCUUCAACCAAGCUGUUGGCCUCUGGUCGGAGAGCAGACUCAAGGCGUACCUGGAUGCCCGGGGCAUCCCCGUCCCCCAACGAUCAAACACGGACGAGCUUCGCGCCCUUGUGCGAAAGCAUUCUCACAAGGCGUUGUCAGGGUGGACGGCUUGGACCUUCGAUGACUUCUCUCGCAAGAAUCUCCAGGAGUACCUGUCCAAGCACGGCGACAAGGCGGCCAAGGCCGCCGCCAAGAAGAAGGACGCGUCUCGCGAUGAGCUUGUCAAGGCGGCCCAGUCAGCUUACUCGUCGGCAUCUACUGCCGGCGGUGCCACGUAUGCGUCGGCAACCAGCUAUCUCUCGUCCGCUACCGCCGCUGCCAAGGGCGACGCUUUUGACUCGUGGUCGCAAUCCGAUCUCAAGGCGUACUUGGACAGCUACGGUGUACCAGUACCGCAAGGAUCCAAGAUUGAGGAGCUCAAGGCUCUGGCACGCAGGCAAUCGACUUACUUCAAGCAUGGGACAUCGUCCCCGGGGGGCACCAUCUUUGCCAAGCUUGAAGAGACGGCGAGAGAGGGCUGGAACUGGAUUGCGCAUCAGCUGAGCCUGGGUGGCCAAGCCGCUCAGAACAAGGCUGCCGAGGCCGAGGCUGCCGCCAAGGCCAAGGCCAAGGAAGCCAGAGAGGAGCUGUGA